AUGGCAUCCUCCCUGUUAGAGGAGGAUGCGCACUAUGGCUCUAGCCCAUUGGCAAUGCUGACUGCAGCCUGCAGCAAGUUUGGCAGCUCCAGCCCUCUCCCGGACUCAGCUCCUGCAAGCAAAGUCGGUGCAAAGAAGCUAUACUCUCUAGGCAGUGAACUCUCUGCCCCCAAAGCCAUGGGUGAUGCUUACCCAGCUCCAUUUGCCAGCACCAAUGGCCUCCUUUCCUCCACAGCCAGCCCUCCGGCCCCAGCUUCAGGUUAUAGCAAUGACUAUACCCCCUUCUCUCACUCUUUCCCAGGGCCCACAAGCACCCAGGACCCUGGGUUACUGGUGCCCAAAGGGCAUGGCUCUCCUGACUGCCUGCCCAGCGUCUACACUUCCUUGGACAUGACACACCCCUAUGGCUCAUGGUACAAGGCAGGAAUUCAUGCAGGCAUCUCCCCUGGCCCUGGCAAUACGCCUGCCCCAUGGUGGGACAUGCACCCAGGGGGCAACUGGCUAGGCAGUGGGCAAAGCCAGAGUGAUGGGCUACAAGGGACACUGUCCACUGGCCCAACUCAAACUCCACUCAACCCUCAGCUACCCACCUACCCUUCUGAAUUUGCUCCACUCAACCCUGCCCCCUACCCUGCUCCCCACCUUCUUCCUCCUGGGCCCCAGCAUGUCCUGCCCCAGGAUGUCUACAAACCUAAGGCUGUGGGCAAUGGGGGGCAGAUAGAGGGAGGUGGAGGGAACAAGCCUCCUCGGGGUUCAGGGACAGGAGGCAGUGGUACCUAUGGGGGUGGAGGGGCCGGGCGUUCCACCUGCGAUUGCCCAAACUGCCAAGAGUUAGAGCGAUUGGGGGCAGCGGCUGCUGGGUUGAGGAAGAAACCCAUUCAUAGCUGCCAUAUUCCUGGCUGUGGCAAAGUGUAUGGGAAAGCCUCACAUCUGAAGGCCCACCUUCGCUGGCACACGGGAGAGAGGCCCUUUGUCUGCAACUGGCUUUUUUGUGGCAAGAGGUUCACCCGAUCCGAUGAGUUGGAGCGGCAUGUCCGCACUCACACCAGAGAGAAGAAAUUCACCUGCUUGCUUUGCUCAAAGAGAUUCACCCGAAGUGAUCACCUGAGCAAGCACCAGCGCACCCAUGGAGAGCCUGGCCCUGGGCCCCCUUCCUCUGGUCCCAAGGAACUGGGAGAGGUUCGGGGAGCAGAGGAGGAGGGCAGCCAAGCCCCCAGGCCAACAGCUUCACCCAUUCCACCUGAGAAAGCCCCAGGAGGCAGCCCAGAGCAAAGCAGCCUCCUGGAGAUUUGAACCAGAGGGUCCUCAUUCUCUGUACCUUGCCUUAGUCCCUUUCCCCAUUGCUUGUCCCUUACUUCCCUUGCCACCUUUUCUGUUUCCCCUUUUUUGUUCACCACACUCUCCAACCUCAAUCCCAAUCUCAUUGCCGCUUGUUCCCAUAUCCCUGAUUUGCCCUCCACCUACUCCCCCUCUAGUUUUGACAUACUCACUAAGUGGUCCUCCCAACUAGCUUAUUCUUUCUCUCCUUUUAACCCUGGUGUAUCCUCAUUCCUCCAAACUCACCAUACCAAGCCUUUGUCUUAAAUCCCUCUGGCUGCCUACUGUCCUCUCUCUUAUUCUCCCUCCCAGUAUCGCCCCAUUCUUUCCCCUGCAUCAUCUCUGCCAUUUUCCUUAUCCUAGCUUCCCAAACUCUAGUUGUUCAUUGCUCUCCCCUAGCUUCAAUUUCCUCUGGACUACCACCCAAAUUUCCAUACGUUCAUUUAUAGUGGGAGAUUGAGCAGGGGGCCUAUGAUCAAUUGAGUCUCCAAAGGGAGCUGAUCAGGAAUUCAUUCAUUCAUUCAUUCCAUCUCACUUCUCAUUUGUUCAUUCAGCUAAUGUUUAUUGAGCACCUACUAUGGGUUGGUAUUGUGCUAGGUGAUUUCACUUGGCCCUCUAACCUCUGAUUUGCCUAAGAUUUCUAAAGUCUUUUCUUCUCUAAAAAGCGUUGAUAUUAUCCACUCAAGUUUCCUCCCCUUUAAAUAAGAAAAUUAUUUCUCCCUAGCUCCAUCUCCCACUCCUUAUUCUCUUCCAACCUUUUGCUCCAUUUCUUCAUCUUUACAGCUUUUUUUCCUUCCUUUUAUAAACACAAUAAUAAUAAUAAUAAUAAUAAUGAUAAUUUAUUGUCCCCUGGGUGCCCCUCUUCUGGAUCUAGAACCUGGGAGGUGGGGUUAAUGGCCUAAUAGGGUGGGAACCAAUGCCUGUGGUAGAGUGACCUCCAAGGUGAACCUGCUGCCAGGCCUAUGCAUUUUAAACCCACCCUGUGAAUGGAGACUAAUGAAUAGUGAUAAUUAAUAAUAAUUCUAUUUAUCUAAGUUAUGAUGAUGGGUCAGGCAGAACUAGGCCAGGGAUAAGUAGGGGUCUGUCUCUGCUAAGGGAGAUCCCAGUAGCAAGAGUCUUUGCUUCCAGAUGGGUUAGCUAGAUCUCCCUCUCUCUCUACUAACAAAGUCUCAGUCAAUGGGGACUUUGCUAAUGACAUCUCCCUUAGUCUCAAUUUAUGAGGUUUCUCUGUAAUUGUGGUCUCUUUUUAAUGAGUGGGAUUUCUCUUUUUAAGGGAUUUCUGCUAAUAGGGUGGGUUAGUUAGCUGGAUCUUCAUACUCAAGAGUUUGUUUGAUGGGUUCUUUGUCAAUUGGGGUUUCUCUGAUAGCAGGGACGAUGUUAUUGGGGUUUCACUGGUAAAGGGUUUUCCCCAACACCAGGGUUUUCCUAGCCCCAGCCAGAAACUGUGAAACAUCAAGUCCUCUGUGUGUGUGUGUGUGUGUGUGUGUGU